AUGUUCUAUGGUUUCUUUGGCUUAGGAGGUGUAUCCUUCAAACCCGAAAAAGAUAUUCCUGAUCUCUCUGGAAAAGUCAUUCUUGUUACAGGCGGAAAUGUUGGUUUAGGCCUUGAAACUAUCCUCCAGCUUUCCAAGCACAAUCCUUCGCACAUAUAUCUCGCCGCGCGAUCCGAACCUAAAGCUACCGCCGCAAUCAAAGAGAUACAAUCCAAAGUACCAAAUGCCCCAAUUACAUUUAUCCAUUGCGACCUUACCUCCCUCCCAUCAGUUCAGGAGUGUGCCAAACAAUUCAGUAUCAAAGAGUCCCGUCUCGACUUAUUGUUCCUAAAUGCGGGAAUCAUGGCGGUACCAGCGGCAACUACGGAACAAGGCUAUGAAAUACAAUUUGGCACAAACCAUGUUGGUCAUGCUCUUUUGACGAAACUACUUCUACCCACAUUGUUGGAAACAGCAGGGCAGAAAGAUGCAGAUGUGAGAGUUAUCUCCUUGAGUAGUUUGGGUCAUACAUUGGGUCCUGUUGGGGGUAUCAAAUUCGACGAUCUCAAAACAGAUAUGAAUGGUUAUACGACAGCCUCUCGAUAUGGACAAUCCAAGCUGUCAAACAUUCUUUUCGCUAAAGGGUUGAACAAGAGAUAUGGCGAGAAGGGUAUCACAGCUGUAUCGGUUCAUCCGGGAGUAGUCAACACAAAUUUGUAUGCGACCGCUUUGGAGAAAUAUGGGGUGUUUGGAAAAGUUGGUGGAUUAGUAAGAGAUUUGGCUUUUACAAGUAUGGCUGACGGAGCAAAGAAUCAACUCUGGGCUGCUGUAGCAAACAAGGGUAGUGCAAAAGGCGAAGUUUUGAAAGGCGAGUACUACACACCUGUUGGAAUUUCUGGCAAUGGAAAUAAGUACGCAGGAGAUGAAAAGCUGGCGGAUGAACUGUGGGAGUGGACAGAGAAAGAGUUGGAAGCGUACAAUGCUUGA